AUGGGUAGCGCAAUGGCUGGGAUAUAGGAACUACCGGCGGAGUAUGGCUGUGUAUCCGUAACUGCUUUGGAAGCUGUGUUGGAAUGAGUCUCUGUGCACUGUUGUAGCGUUGGAGGGUGGCUACUAACCAUAGCCGUGCAUUUUUAUAUCUGUGCUUGCUAGACAAAGACAGCUAUGGAGCAGGACUAUUACCUGGAACUCUGCGACAGGCCGAUCGUAUUUGAAAAAGCCACCACCGUCAACAGCGUAUUUUUUGAUGAGGCUAACAAGCAGGUAUUUGCAGUUCGUUCAGGGGGUGCCACUGGUGUUUUUGUUAAGGGACCUGAUGACAAAAGUCCAAUCUGCUUUAGAAUGGAGGAUAAAGGAGAAGUUAAAUGUAUUAAGUUUUCCCUUGAAAACAAGAUCCUGGCUGUGCAGAGGACCAGUAGAACUGUGGAUUUUAUCAAUUUAAUCCAAGACUAUUCACAGUUGGAAUAUUCUCAGGAAUGUAAGACUAAAAAUGCAAGAAUUUUGGGGUUCUGCUGGACUAGCUCUACAGAAAUUGUAUUUAUCACUGACCAAGGGAUUGAGUUCUACCAGGUUUUGCCAGAGAAACGGACAGUAAAGCUCUUAAAGAGCCAAAGUAUCAAUGUAAACUGGUACAUGUAUUGUCCAGAGAGCGCUGUGAUCUUAUUAUCUACUGCUAACUUGUGCAAUGUGCUGCAGCCCUUCUACUUCAGAGCUGGGACAGUGUCAAAGAUGCCUAAAUUUGAAAUUGAGCUGCCAGCAUUAAUGGGCAAGUCAACAAAAAUUUCUGAACGAGAUAUAGCAAUGGCAACAAUAUACGGUCAGCUUUAUGUACUGUUUUUGCGGCAUCAUUCCAAAUCAUCCAGUAGUGCAGGAGCAGAGGUAGUACUUUACCAUUUACCCAGAGAAGGCACCUGUAAGAAGAUGCACAUCUUGAAACUUAACAGGACAGGAAAGUUCGCUCUGAAUGUAGUAGAUAAUCUUGUAGUUGUUCAUCAUCAGGAUACAGAGACAUCAGUGAUUUUUGACAUCCGGUUAAGAGGAGAGAGUGAUGGCACUGUAACUUUGCACCAACCUGUGCUUCCUGCUCGCUCUAUACACCCCUAUCAAAUGUCGGUGGCAGGUCUUUCAGCGGUGGCACCACAGGCUCCCAUACCUUGCAAACUCUAUUCCUCGUCUUGGAUUGUCUUUCAGCCAGAUAUAAUAAUCAGUGCAAGUGAAGGUUACCUAUGGUAUUUACGGAUAAAACUUCAGCCAAUAGUCCAUUUGCUUCAAGACAAAGGAAGAUUAAUGGAUUUUCUCCUUCAGCGCAAGGACUGCAAAUCCGUAAUCUUGUCUGUUUGUUCGCAAAUUUUAACUCAGUCAGGCAGGGCAUUGCUACCAGUUAUUGCUACAGUCUUUGACAAACUCAACAAUGAAUAUAAAAAAUACCUGGACGCUGAGCACAGCUACACGUUGGCUGUUGAGACCAGUCAGGGAAGAAGCAAUGCACUUCUGAAAAGGCCUGUGCGAGGCCAGGCUGUCAUAGACCAGUCUGAUAUGUAUACCCAUGUUCUCUCUGUAUUUACAGACUUGAAGGAGGCACCGCACAAGUUCAUAAUUGCAGUUUUGAUGGAAUAUAUACGCUCAUUGAACCAGUUUCAAAUACCUGUGCAGCAUUAUCUCUACGAACUGGUGAUCAAAACCCUUGUACAGCACAAUCUGUUCUACAUGCUACAUCAGUUUCUGCAGUAUCAUGUUCUCAGUGACUCCAAGCCUCUGGCCUGCCUCUUGCUGUCUUUAGAGAGUGUGUAUCCACCGGCACAUCAGCUCUCACUGGAUAUGUUAAAGAGACUUUCUACAGCCAAUGAUGAGAUUGUAGAGGUUUUGCUUUCCAAGCAACAAGUGUUGGCUGCCAUGAGGUUUGUGAGGAGCAUAGGAGGUCAAGAUAGUGCAUCGGCUCGCAAAUUUCUAGAUGCUGCAAAGCAGACUGCUAACAACAUGCUUUUUUACACUGUCUUCCGUUUCUUUGAACAAAGAAAUCAGCGCUUGCGAGGAAACCCUAAUUUUACACCAGGAGAACACUGUGAAGAACAUGUUGCAUUAUUCAAACAACUAUUUGGCGAACAGGCUCUGCUGAAACCACCAGCUUUCUGAUAUGUUUUUUACUUAGAAAAUUGUAUAAAGUUUAUUUAUUACACUAAUACAAUCUGCGACUUUGAACUACAA